AUGAGUGAUAGCAGCGCAGAUUCGACGAACACAAAGCGACCCGACGGCCACGUUACAAAGCGGGCGAAGAAAAAAGUGGGCGUUUCAUCGGAUGACGUCGGCAAACGUAUCAAAGUGCCGAUGUUUUCAUCGGAGGAUCCAGAGUUAUGGUUCGCCUUACUAGAAGGGCAACUGGACAGCGCCGGUAUCACCGAUGAUCAAACAAGGUUUGCACACGUAACAAAUAAUUUAGAUAUCACUUUCGCUAAAAUUGUGAAAGAUAUUAUUAUAAAUCCGCCCUCUCUUAACCGAUACGAAAAAGUCAAGACCGAAUUAAUAAAAAGACUAUCCGCCUCACACGAAGUAAGAGUCAGGCAACUCCUAAUGCACGAAGAGUUAGGAGACAGAAAACCAUCACAGUUUGCACGGCACCUCCAAGACCUGGCUGGUUCGAACAUUCCGGAGGAGUUUUUGAAAACAAUUUGGUGUAGCCGGCUUCCGAAACACGUGCAGACAGUUCUGGCUACGCAGCCAUCACAGUCGUUGGACCAACUUUUGGACCUUGCGGACCGCGUGCACGAGAUAACCGCAGCGAAAGACGUAGCAGCUACUAUCACGUCGGGGUCACCAGUAUAG